AAAGUUGAGUGUUUCGCAUUUGUAGCAGAGUUGCAGGUGGUUGCAGGUUGCCGUUGACAACAAUUGCAUUGUUGCACAAACGCCACGCCACGCCCAUUCGCCAUGGCCUGUCGCCGCUAUUUGCCCUACGUAGUGGCCAGCGUGGCUGUCUUGCUGGCCACUGGUCUAAUUAUCUUUGGCAUUUGCAUGCAGCGCUCGUUCGAGUCGGACAACAAGUUGAAAAUUGAAAAAAGUUCAGACUCGACUCAGAAUCUCGAGAGCCUCUUCGGUGACGAUCUGGAGGCUGUGCUGUCCAACGAUGGGCCAGAGUUGGCAACGAGUGCGCAAUUCUUGAUUGCCACAACAACAACAACAACAACAACUGAGAGCUCAACUUCCGGGUCGUCGCACGAGCCAAACAGAAUGGAAAUGGAGCGUUCUACAACCACAACUGAGGAGACGACGGCCUGGAAAACGCUGACCUCGCAUCCGAAUUCGCUGGUGCAGCUGCUGCCAUCGCGCGCCAUGCGUGUGGUGCAGGAGGUGGUGCGCUCUCUGCGGAAGGAACGUGAAAUCGUGGCCAGCACCACGUUGGGCAAGGUGCGCGGACGCUUUCAGAAGUACCGCUCGGGUGAGAGGGGGGGCUACUACAGCUUCAAGGGCAUGCGAUAUGGUGCGCCACCCACAGGUGCCAGAAGAUUCCGCGCUGCGCUGCCCGAGAAGCCGUGGAGCGGCGUGCGAGAUGCCUCGCGGGAGGGCCAAAGCUGUCCGCACAAGAACAUGAUACUGGACACCUUCAAGGGCGACGAGGAUUGUCUCUUUCUGAAUGUGUUCACCACGCGCAUGCCCAAGGAGGAUGAUGCACAGCCUAAGCUGCCCGUGAUGGUGUGGCUGCAUGGCGGCGGCUUCUCCUUUGGCUCCGGCAACUCCUUUCUCUACGGCCCCGACUAUCUGGUCGCUGAGGACAUUGUGCUAGUUACGCUGAACUACAGGCUGGGUCCCUUGGGCUUUCUGACGGCUGGACCCGAUGCGCCCGGCAAUCAGGGCCUCAAGGAUCAGGUGCUGGCCCUGCAGUGGGUGCGCGACAACAUAGAGGCCUUUGGCGGUGAUCCGCAGCAGGUGACCAUCUUUGGGGAGUCGGCGGGCGCCUCCUCGGUGCAGCUGCUGCUGCUGUCGCCCCUGGCCAAGGGUCUGUUCCAUCGGGCCAUCUCGCAGAGCGGCUCCGCACUGAACCCUUGGUCCAUGGCCGCCAGCUCGGGACAGAGGGCGGCACGACUGGCAGCCAACCUGGGCUAUGUGGGUGCCAACAAUACGGAGGAGAUCUUGGACUUCUUGCGCCGAGUGCCCGCCAUGAAGCUGGUCGAGGCGGCGCCCACAACGCUCACAGCGGACGAUCAGCGCAACAACAUCGGCCUGCCCUUCGUGCCCGUCGUGGAGGGCUACUGGAACAAGGACUCGCAGGAGGAGACCUACCUGGAGCAGCCCUUCCUCACCGAGCAUCCCAGCGAUAUGUACGAUGCCCACAACUUCAACAGCGAGGUGCCCUACAUGACGGGCUACAACACGCACGAGGCGAUGCUGUUCAUCAGAAGACUGCGCAAGAAUCCGCAGCUAUUGAAUAUUAUCGAGAACGACUUUGGCCGCCUGGUGCCGCACGAUCUGAAUGUGAGCCAUGCCCAUGACAGAGUCACACGCGAAAUACGCUCCUUCUAUCUGGGCAACAAGCACGUUGGCCUCGAGUCUGUGGAUGAAAUGAUAGCUCUGCUGACUGAUCUCAUGUUCCUGCAAGGUAUUCGCCGCACCGCCAGGAACCAUGCCAAGUACGGCAAUGCGCCGGUCUACAUGUAUCGCUUCUCCUUCGACGGCGCCCUGGGCCUGUACAAGCGCAUGCUGGGCAUUCCGCGGCCAGGUGUGUGCCAUGGCGACGAGAUGGGCUACCUGUUCAAGUUUGGCUUCCUGAAUCUGAGUCUAGAUCCAAAGUCCAUGGAAGUGCAGGUCAAGAACCGCAUGGUGCGCAUGUGGGCAAACUUUGCCAAAUACGGCACGCCCACGCCCAACAUUGAGGAUCCCCUGCUGACGGCCAAGUGGGCUCCCAUCGAUGCCACAAAUGUUAUGAACAGCCUCAACUAUUUGGACAUCUCGCACGAGCUGAACAUGAAGACGAAUCCCGAGCCGGAACGACAGAGAUUUUGGGAUGAAAUGUACCAGCAUUACAAUGGUGCGGCUAUGUAG